CGGCCGAAACCCCAGAAAGAUGCCGCAGAAAGCGCUGGGAUCCAUUGUAGGUCUUCUUUGUACUGGGACCUGUCUGGUGCAGGGGAAGGAGUUCUGUUUUGGGGUAAACAAUGAGCAGUAUCGCUGUGAGAUGGGGUACUGCUGUGGAGAGACAGAGUGCUGCACCUAUUACUAUGAGCUCUGGUGGUUCUGGUUGGUAUGGACCUUGAUCAUCAUGCUGAGUUGCUGCUGUGCCUACCGACACCGGAGAGUUAAAAUGCGCCUGCAGCAGGAGCAACGUCAGCGUGAGAUCAGUCUCAUGGCCUACCAAGGAGCCUCCAGCUCCUUCAUUUCUCCUCCACCACUCAAUUUAAGGUUUUGGAACGACUGCAAGCUUCCUGACUAUGAAGAGGUGGUCGGUCACCCCCCGACACCACCUCCCCCUUACUCUGAAAACCCUCCUGAGGCGACUCCGGCACUCCCUCCACAAGUGAGCCAGCCUGACAUCGCCUCGGUGCUACAGCCCCUGCCUGAGGUGGAACCGAGGGCGGAGGCCUCAAACUCACCAUCGGACCAGGAAGCAGUAUCCAUGCCGAUCCAAGCACAGUGUCUGGCAGAGGAGAACGCGGAGGAGAACGCGGAGGCUCCGUUGAUGGCGGCGGCGGAGGAGGACGAGGAGCUCGUCACUCGGCGUCGGCACGUGACCGGCGACUCAGGGAUUGAGGUGUGUGUUUGCCAGCUGGACGUGGACGAGGGCUCGGGGCUUGAAGAGGAAAGCGACGAAGAGCACCGGAUGUGCAAGGUCGCCGGAGGGGACUGCUGCUCCGGGCACCAGCAGCAGAUCUUCAGACAGAAGGAGCACACCUCUGAGCUGCCCAACCAGACCGCCAGCACCAGCACUGGAGACCACAUGGUGUGAUCCACAACACAACUAACCAGCUAACCGGUGCGGCUUUCUGCUUCACACUGGGUGAUAUGAGAUAGCUGUUGCCAUCAUCAUCACCACAGGGACUGUCUGUGCUUUAAUUCUCUGAACUAACACAUAGGCAUGUUGUUAAGAUGAUGAUGAUAACUAAUCCUUCAUGGCUCCUAAUUAGGAAAGACAAAUAAUACAUUGUGUGGAGAAACUCCUUUUUUUUUGCUUUGCUUUUGCUUAGUGGGGAAACCAGCAAACACAUUUUGAUGCUCCAUUUGGUAUGUUUUUUUUUUUUUUUUUGCUGCUGUUAAGUGAGCGAGCGUCACUGUGUUGCGAGAAGGCAGCAAUUCAUUGUGACUGAAACCAGAACUGAAUGUCUCCCAUGCUCCUGCUCUCUGCUGUCAUGUUUCUGUUUCUGUCUCGCCACUCUCCUUUGGUCAGAACAUUUCCGGCCAUCCCUCCAUCUGACAUUUUACCUCUUGUGGGAUGGUCAGCUAGAGACAUACCAACACGGUCAGCAACAUUUCCCCAGUCUAUCCCCACUACGACUUAAGCAGAGGAGUCAAAAAAAACAAACCUCUUGAAAGAUUUAGGAAGAUACUGGAGAAUUCAACAAGAGCACACAUUUCCUUUUUCUCAAAGCUGUGUGUGAGCGUGAGAGUUUGUGUGUGUGUGUGUUUGUGUGUGUGUGUGCUGUGAAAUCUAGGACACAGCUGCACGGUGAUGGCACGGCUCUGAGGUCAUGGCAACCAGCGUCUGGUGUUCUCUGGUGUGAAGUCGGUGGGAUUUUUUUUCACAUCUAAAGUAGGGGAGAGACUAAACACCCACACAUAGCAGAGGAAGGAGAUACAGGAAGGAGUUUGUUUAAUCUUCGGGUAUUAAAUUUCAUCUACUACCCCCCCCCCCACCAGCCCUUGUUUCCCUUCAUGAUAUCCAUAUUAUGGUCUCCACAACUCUGUGGUCACCAGUUAGCAUGACUGUAGGUGAGGAGUGACCAGCUUUUCAUGAAUAAAUUGAUUGUGUGCACUUGAUCUCCCCACUUUGCAUUAAAUUGAUAGGGCUAUGCCACCAAAUCUUGUUAUCAAUGAAAAGCCUUGUGGUGGCCCUAUGUUAGCGUGUUUUAUUUCCUGCGUUGCGUCAGCAGCAGCAUUUCGCUCCGAUUAUAGUUUAGAUGUUGAAAACGAAACGAAGGAUGUACUUGCUUCUUUUUUCUUUUUUUUUUUUCAUUUCAUAACCAGCUGUGCGUCAGUAAAGGCCACAGAUGUCACCGUUAGUUGCAACAAAGCUCCUGACAGGGGCUGCUAGAGUGUGAACUAGUGAGUGGAUGUUAUAGUGCAGUAGGGGAAGGGUUGAGUCUUGUUUGUGUAUCUUUUUAAAGUGCUGUGUAGCAUCUGGUUGAAAUACUUACUCAGCACUGAGGUGGAUUAACAAUUAAAAUCACUGGUAUUUUGCAUGAGGCAUGAAUUUCUGUGUUUAUAUUUGAGUAAAGUAGCAGUUGUGCUGCUUGCUUUGCCCAUCUGUUUAUUAAAAUGACAAUGGAUUACAGUGGCUGCACAACUACGUUGACAGAUGGCAGAGUAAAGAAAUAUGUUAAGUGUAUAUGCCCUGGAUCUAGUUUGAUCGUGUUGUUAUGACUGUAUGAGCCAUGAUAUUCCGUUAUGCAGUGCUGGUAGCUAGUUAGCUGGCGCUGUCUCGACUCCCCGUGGCCCCCGUAGCUCUCGGCAAUGUGAUGGAUUUGUUGUGGUAUUUUCCACUGGCAGCAGAGAGCGGGUGUGUUAGCAAGUUGAGGUGGAUGCAGGCUAUGCGCUGCAGUCUAGUCAGUGUUGGCACAGCUGCAGAAUCUAUUGUGAUUAACUGCAUGCUCCUCUACGUCGCAUGUUGCCUGCCCGAUAUACUGUAUGUAUUCAAAGCAUAGUGGUAGAACAGGGUGUUGUCAAAUAGGAAAACCACCGCAAAACAUAAUUGUUGGAAGAUAAAAAAAAAAAGUCUUCUGACUUGAGGCAGUAACUGAUAAGUCAGUAAAUGUUUCAUUGAGAACUUUAUUUGGAAAAAGUUUUUUUUUUUUUUGUCUGCUCUGAUAUUUGUGUCACAAAUGGGCACAGUGUAAAGACUGAGGUCAGCCAUCCUGCUUCACACAAGCACACAAGCUCACAAAACACUGCAUUGUCACGAUGUUUAAACUCCAUGGUGCAUUAUUCAUUGUUCUAGAUGAACUCAUUAAAGGUAAAAAUGCCCUAAAUAUCAUUUAAACUUCCAGUUAUCACAUUUCCAGCAGUCCAAGUAGAGAGUAAACGCUAAAAUUUCAUGCUUGUCGUACAUACAUAUAUAUAUAUAUAU